AUGGCCACCAAGAAACGCUACGCCCUCGUGGGCACCGGCGGACGGUCGAGCUUCUUCUACACCGCCAUCGCAACCGACUACCAAGCGACCUCGUGCAUCGUAGCACUCUGCGACACCAACCAAACACGCAUGGACUACGCCAACAGCAAACUCACCGCCCUCGGCCACAGGGUCGUGCCAACCUUUCUCGCCGCCUCCUUCGACCACAUGAUCGGCCAGCACCAAGCCCGACGAGUGACCGAGAAGCCCAUGACCAUCGACGCGCCGCGCUGCCUGGACAUUUUCUCCGCCGUCGACCGCACGCAGCGCAACGUGCGCGUCACCUUUAACUACCGCUACGCGCCGCACAACACCAAGGUGUUUGAGCUGCUGCGGGCGGGGGCGAUCGGCCAGGUGACGUCGGUGCAUUUUGAGUGGAUGCUGAAUACGUCGCAUGGCGCGGAUUACUUUCGGCGAUGGCAUCGGGAUAAGAGGAAUAGUGGCGGGUUGUUGGUGCAUAAGUCGACGCAUCAUUUUGAUUUGGUCAAUUUUUGGUUGCAGACGAGGCCGUUGUCGGUGUAUGCGCAGGGCGAUCUGAAGUUUUAUGGGAAGGAGAACGCGGAGAAGAGGGGGGUGACGGCGUUUUAUAACCGUGCUCGGGGGAGUGAGGUUGCGAAGGGGGAUCCGUUUGCGCUGCAUCUUGAGACGAUACCGACGUUGAAGGCGUUGUAUUUGGAUGCGGAGGAUGAGGACGGGUACUAUCGCGAUCAGAGCGUGUUUGGGGACGGGAUCAGCAUCGAGGAUACCAUGAACUUGCUGGUGAGGUAUCGGAACGGGGCGGUUAUGACGUACUCACUGACGGCGUACGCGCCGUGGGAGGGGUUCAGGGUGACCUUCAACGGGACAGGUGGCAGGUUGGAAAUGGAGGUUGUAGAGAACAGCUAUGUCAACUCGGGCGGUGACCAGUCAUUGGAGGGGUCGAUCGAGAAGAGGUCGAUAUUGUUGCGGCCGCUAUUUGAGCCGCCGAGGGAGAUUGAAAUCGAAACGAGCAAGGGGGCACACGGUGGCGGUGACAGCGUCUUGCUGCAGGAUCUGUUUGGGGAGCCAGUCACCGACGAGUACAUGCGGGCCGCGAGCCACAUUGACGGGGCGGCCUCGAUUUUAACUGGCAUUGCAGCAAACAAGUCGAUCGCGACGGGCCAAGUGGUCUUGGUCGAUGACAUCCUCAAGGUCCCUGAAUAA